UCCUUUUUUGCUACAAAAACAAUCGAAGUUACAUAGGAUUUGCCAAGAAAGAAAGAGUAUCAUGGCUUCAGCUUCAAUCUCCUCUCCUAAGGUUGACGUCUUCAUCGAUACAGGAAAUCCUUUGCUCAAUCAUACCCUUGAUGGCUUCUUGAAGAUCGGAACUGUUGCUGUUGGAAAAGUACUUGCGGAGGAAACUUACCAUGUUGUCAAAAGAGGGAGUCUUUCGAAGAACAACCUUGAGACUGCGCUAGAGAAGAUGUGUAAAGAAGGCGUGUAUUGGGGCGCUGUAGCUGGAGUAUACGUCGGAAUGGAGUAUGGUACCGAAAGAGUGCUUGGCACUAAAGAUUGGAAGAAUGCAAUGAUCAGUGGUGCAGUGACCGGAGCACUCGUAUCGGUGGUUGGCAGCAGCAAUAGAGGUGAAAAUAUUGUAAUGGGUGCCAUCACAGGAGGUGCGGUUUCAACGGCUGCAAAGUUCAUUAGUUAUCUUACCUAAAGAUUGAAAUUGACAUAAUUCUGUGUUUUAUGUGCUAAUAAUACUAUCUCCCCUGCUUUCAAUAUUUUGGCACAAUGUAUGUUACAUUCUAAUAAGAUCUUCUAAUAAAGAGGAAGGGCCAUGUUUUGUGAUUC